AUGGCUUUGCAAGCGCACUCAACAAGAGAAAAAAAUGUAAAGAAAAGUGGGUUCGACAAUAAAGAUAGAAGAGACUACAACAAUUCGACUGGUAGAGGAGACCGGCAUGAAGGAAUUAUGUCGAAUCGGCGAAGACCCCAUACCAAGGCAACCAAAGAGAUGGUGCUGGAGGUAGAGGAUGAUGUGGUGGUCGAAAACCUAACAAGAGUCACAUUUAGUGUUUCAAUUGUCAGAAGUAUUAUCAAUAUUCUAGUGAUUGUCCAGAAAAACGAAAGAAUCGAGAAAGUGAUGCAAAGUUUGCAAAAAUUGAAUAAGAAGAAGAGAUGA